AUGGAGGGGAAACUAAGUUUGGAUUGGAGAGGGUGCCUAAACCGGGAAGGCAAAUCGGAGAUCUUAGCGGAUUAUACCCGAAAAAGCAUUCGAGAGGUACUACCCCUAGGCAGAAGUAAAGAAGUGGAAGGAAGGGAGGAGGUUGGUGAUGUUGGGAAUGCACGAGGCAAGGCCAGUCCUUCCGUCAGUCAGCCGGAUCCAUGCAUUUUUACAGUGCCUUGGUCUUCUGCCAGGAAUGCCACACUGAGAAAAUGGCCACUCUUUCUCCCCAGACGUCACGAGGCAGCCUGUCCCGCAUGCCUGAUUGGUUCCCCGGCUUUCCAGCGGGUGCUGCCGAUUGCCCCAGUCACGGGAUGGGGGAUGGGGAUUACUGUCUAA